CAUGGAUGCAUGUGUAGAAUUUUCUGAGAAUCUUUCCCCGGCUCAGAUCCCCGGACACGCAACAAGCGUUGCCAACCACGUUCGUCUUCGGUCUGGUAAGCCAGCCAUGACGCUUUCCUUACCGCCUGUUGGCAGGGCCACAAAAUCACAGAAAAGCUGUUUUCCUUGCUAAAAUGCCGAAAGACAAAGUAAAGCUUACGGCAUAAUCCCUUGGCAACAUCCUGGUUGACCGACGCUCCCGGGCCUACCAACAGUUUCUAAAGUACGUAAGUUAUCUGAACUGCACAUGUACAUACAUACGUACGGUAUAAUAGAAUUUUCAAAGUGGAGCGCCUCAUCAGAUGGACCGACGGCAAAGCCGGAAUUACUUGUGAAGAAAGGUCUGAAACUGACGAUGUUGCUCUCUUUAACACCGAGGUUCACUUGCCGAGCUGUUGAAUUCAAGCGGUCCAGCCUGGAGCUCUCUUCGAACAGGGCUCCGGCCCCAACUCCCGGCUUGUCCUGUCGUAUGUCGGCUCUCGGGUACCCACUGUUGAUUAGGUACAAUACAAGUACCAUGGCAUGUACGGACUACAGAGUAUUUUACACUACACCCUUACCGAGGGUGUAUUUCUCAUUUGUUUAUCAUGAGCGCAAUCUCGAGAAGUUCGAUGACAUCCCCAUUCUCCUUAGAUGCCGAAAAGCCGCGGGUAAUUCCCUGGCUAGAACUUGUUUCCUCGUGAACAGAGUCCUCUUGUUCUUGGGAAGGGAGGAAGAGUACAUAGGGGUUGUACUUAUACAAUACAAUACAUACAGUACAGCAUUAGUACAACCCAACCGCCCAUGCACUUACUGCAGUCAAUGCAAAGGUCCCAUAUAAUACCUUCCUAUGUCUAAUGAGAGCUCUGGGAUCUUUGUAAACCAUCAGGCAGGCAAUAAAAACAAUCCGGGGCUAUGGUACAAAUUGUAUGUACUCCGCUUACCCCAGAAUUCCAGUGGCCCGCGCCGAGAAUUCU